ACGGCAAACCUCGCCGUGCCGGUGACCGUCUCGUUGGGCAGCAGCGGCUCCCGGCUCUCGCCCUCCCUCCGUCCCGCCCGUCUAGGGUACGUGUGACUCGAGGAGAACCCCGCUGCUUUCUGUUGCGGCUGCUUCUUCCCCUUACCCCCCCUCCCGCCUACAGCGGGGUGCGGAGGCCAUGUUCCCCCCGGACUCCACCUGGAAUAUCUCCUUCGCCGGCUGCGGCUUCCUGGGGGUCUACCACGUCGGGGUAGCCAGCUGCCUGCAGGAACAUGCCCCCUUCCUCGUCGCCAACGCCAGGAAGAUCUACGGCGCAUCGGCCGGGGCGCUCACCGCCACCGCCCUCGUCAGUGGUGCCUGCCUCGGUGAGGCUGGUGCCAGCAUUAUUCGAGUGUCAAAAGAAGCCCGGAAGAGGUUCUUGGGACCUCUCCACCCAUCUUUCAACUUGGUGAAGAUCAUUCGGAUCUGCCUGUCCAAGACUGUGCCAGAGAAUGGGCAUGAGGUUGCAGCAGGGCGCUUGGGUAUUUCCCUGACACGGGUUUCUGAUGGAGAAAAUGUAAUACUGUCAGACUUCCAUUCCAAGGAGGAACUGAUCCAGGCCUGUGUCUGCAGUGCCUUUAUCCCUGUCUACUGUGGGCUGAUACCUCCAACCUUGCGAGGAGUGAGAUACGUUGAUGGAGGGAUUUCUGACAACUUGCCACGCUACGAGCUGAAGAACACCAUCACGGUGUCUCCAUUCUCAGGAGAAAGUGAUAUCUGUCCACGAGAUGGUUCCACAAACAUGCAUGAGCUGAGAGUCACCAAUACAAGCAUCCAGUUCAACCUUCGCAACCUUUACCGCCUCUCAAAGGCCCUGUUUCCUCCGGAGGCACAUGUGCUGCGGGAUAUGUGCAAGCAGGGCUAUCAGGAUGCACUGCACUUCCUGAAGAAAAAUGGUCUCCUUAAUCGUCCGAGUCCUGGACGCCCUCUCCUUGCCAUAGAAGCCCCCCCAGGAGAGAAGAAAGAGGAAGAAACGGAAGCUGAGGACCAACUAGAGGACAAUACUGAACUUGCUGAAGUUGAAGAGCACAUCUUGGAACACUUGCCUCCCAGACUGAACCAAGCUCUUCUGGAGGCUUGUGCUGAAAGAAGAAGUUUCUUCACUGGCAUUGCCAACAUGCUGCCUAUACGUGUGGCCACAGCAAUGAUGGUGCCCUAUAUGCUGCCCCUGGAGUCUGCAGUUUCCUUCACUGUCAGGUUGCUGGAAUGGCUCCCAGAUAUUCCUGAGGAUAUCAGAUGGAUGAGGGAGCAAAUGACUGAAAUCUGUAACUAUCUUGUGAAGAAAGCCAAGAAGAAACUCGGCAGCCAUCUUUCAGCCAGGCUUUACUAUCACUUCGAGCUUGGACAGCCCCAGAGGCUGCCGAUUUCUCCUGCGUCAGCUUGUGGUGAACCAUUGCCUGUGUGGAUGAGAAGCAACCGCUCUCUGUCUGAUGCCAUGAUGAAGUGGGAGGAGUACCAGCGCCAGCUCAUGCUGGGCUUACUCUGCAUCAACAUGGAUAUGCAGGCUUCUCUCUUCCCUCGGGAAGGGCUUCAGCUAAAGCUUCCACACUUAGACUGUGCAAAAGAGUGCCUGCCACUCUUCU